AUACGCGAGUCGUGACAAUUCGUUCCGUAACCCGAACUCAGAACUUCAUUUCCACCAUGUCGAUGCUUGCCAAUAUUGUUGGCUUCUCUAUAUUUGGAUUGGCUGCAAGGUUUGGCCAGCUUGGCAUUCAAAAGCGAAAUCUCUUUGACAACAUGGCAGGUCAUUUCAUAGCCAUGAGUAUAUUCGGAUACGGUGGCUACUGGGCAUGGAGAUGGGACAUCAAAGCUGCUGAGCUGAUAGCGAAGAAGAAAGUCGAAAUUGCUGAGAAUCAAAAAUUACGGGUUGCGAAGGCGGAAGCCAUCGCGGAACGGCUUAUGGGCGAGCAGAGUCGAACUGAUUCGUGAAGGCGUUGUAUGGCGGUCGUAGUUUGAAUCGUGUUUGUAUUUUUGUACUGAACACCGCUCACUCUUGCAACCUACCGAUUACCUGCUUUGAACAAUUCGAAUGCUCCAAUACGAUUCAGCAAGAACUCUCUUCCACGACUUGUUUCAUGAUUCCAGUCUUCUGCAUCACGGUUCCAGGUAGGUAUGCAUUGCUCCAGCCUCGACUAUUCGAAUCCAACUUGGCGG